CUACAUAAUGGACUCGCUUUCCUUGUCGUAUCUUUCAACGUUUUCACGACCAAAUUCCAUAGUUUCCCAUCAAAAACCACCACUUUCAUCAAUGUUAUCUCUGUCGCCACUACUGUCUACUUACGGUUGCGUAUUAUUUGACAGAACACAAGGAAACCAACAAACACUCACAAACACCACCAAGAGGCUUAGUCAAGAAGCUAGACCAAAAACACUAGUACUAUCUACUGAGAAAAGGGUCAGAAGAUCAAUACUAAUGUGCCGAUCAUUGCCAGCCACGAUUUUGAAUGCUUUUGAUGACUUUGUUAACAACUUCAUUGACCCACCACUUAGGAUUUCGGUUGACCCAAAACAUGUCUUAUCAGACAACUUUUCCCCGGUUGACGAACUCCCUCCUACCGAAUGUGAGGUUAUUGAGGGGACACUUCCUAGCUGCCUUGACGGGGUUUACUUCCGUAACGGCCCUAACCCGCAGUUUUUGCCAAGAGGUCCAUAUCACCUCUUUGAUGGGGAUGGCAUGCUUCAUGGUAUUCGUAUAUCUAAAGGAAAAGCCACGUUGUGUAGUAGAUAUGUGAGAACAUACAAGUAUAAUACAGAAAAAGAUAUGGGAUUCCCGGUUAUACCAAAUGUAUUUUCGGGAUUCAAUGGUAUGGCUGCCUCUGCUGCUCGCAUGGCAGUCACAACAUGCCGGUUUUUGACAGGUCAGUUUGACCCGUCAAAAGGUAUUGGCGCAGCAAAUACUAGCCUGGCCUAUUUUGGCAACAGGCUAUAUGCAUUAGGAGAGUCUGAUCUCCCCUAUGCUGUCAAACUUGCACCAAACGGUGAUAUUAUCACCCUUGGGCGCCAUGACUUUAACGGCAAGCUUUUAGUGAGCAUGUCUGCUCACCCAAAAGUCGACCCAAUAACUAAAGAAGCCUUUUCUUUUCGCUACGGCCCAAUGCCUCCUUUCCUAACAUAUUUCUGGUUCAAUAAAAAUGGAGAGAAACAAACCGAGGUCCCAAUUUUUUCAAUGAAAAGCCCGUCUUUUCUCCAUGACUUUGCUAUAACCAAAAAGUAUGCCAUAUUCCCUGAGCUCCAAAUCGGGUUUAGCCCCAUGGGGAUGAUUAGUGGAGGGUCCCCUGUGGCUGCAGACCUUAAGAAAUUGCCCCGAAUUGGAGUCAUACCUAGGUAUGCUAAGGACGAGUCAGAAAUGGAAUGGUUUGAAGUUCCAGGGUUGAAUAUUAUACAUGUCAUCAAUGCGUGGGAGGAGGACGGAGGAGAUAAGGUGGUGAUGGUGACGCCAAACAUAUUAUCGGUGGAGCAUACAUUGGAGAGGAUGGAUUUGAUCCAUGCGUCGUUAGAGAAAGUGACAAUCAAUCUAAAAAGCAGAAUGGUGUCGCGACACCCUCUUUCAACUAGGAAUCUAGACUUCGGUGUCAUCAAUCCGGCUUUCUUGGCUAUAAAAAACAGGUAUAUUUACUGUGGAGUUGGAGAUCCUAUGCCAAAGAUAUGUGGAGUUGUGAAGCUAGACCUGUCGAUACCAGAAACUGAUCGUCGUGAAUGUAUAGUAGCCACUCGCAUGUUUGGGACAGGUUGUUUUGGUGGUGAACCCUUCUUUGUGGCUAGAGAGCCUGACAACCCUAAUGCCGACGAGGAUGAUGGUUACGUGAUUUCUUAUGUGCAUGAUGAGAACACAGGUGAAUCGAGGUUUGUGGUGAUGGAAGCCAAGUCGCCAACACUUGACAUCGUUGCUGUUGUGAAGCUGCCCCACCGGGUGCCUUAUGGCUUCCAUGGUCUCUUCGUAAGGGAAAAUGACAUUAAUAAGCUGUGA